UGACAACAGAGAGAGAGUUGGGGGGGGGGGGGGGGGGGGGGGGGGGGGAGAGAGAGAGAGAGGGGGGGGGGGGGGGGGGGGGGGGGGGGGGGGGGGGGGGGGGGGGGGGGGGGGAGAGAGAGAGAGAGAGAGAGAGAGAGAGAGAGAGAGAGAGAGAGAGAGAGAGAGAGAGAGAGAGGGGGGGAGGGAGGGAGGGAGGGUGAGAGAGAGAGAGAGGGAGGGAGGGUGAGAGAGAGAGAGAGAGAGGGAGGGAGGGAGGGAAGGAAGGAAGGAGAGUGUCAAGAUGGCGAGUAACAAAGAUCGUUAUCCUGGGGGAGGUUCUGACUAUAGUUGGCCCCGUUUCACCAACUCAUCAAUACGUGAGGAAGACAACCAUCCCAGUCAGAACAGGGUUCUGGAAAUGAGUUCAGACAGCGCUUAUGUGACAGAAGUAGAUAUGGAGAGUGCUGUGGACAUAGUCACACAGAUCGACCUGUUGAGAGAUGAGCUUGAUCAGGAGAGGAGGCAGCGGAAGAAACUGUGGGAACAAUUGGAGGAAGCAGUCCAUAAGCUAAUGAAAACAGAGGCAGAUAAUGUCACACUCAGACGCCGGCUCAACAAGGAGAUUCAGGUCCGGUACACAAUUGAAAAGGCGAAAAAGGACUUGGAAGGCAUGUUAGAGGUGGCUCAAGGCAUGAUGGAGGAGGAGAAGCGAUGCUCUGACCUCAAUCGUGUCAGACUCGCUGCGCUUCAGAGCAAGCUAGAGUCAGAGACGGAGUUGCGAACCCGCAUGCAAAGCAAGAUAGGCGCCUUUCAAAGAGUAGUGAGCAGAAACGAGACGGAUUUGGCAUCAUCAAAGCUGGCCCUGACUGUGGUGAAGAAGCUUGAUGAAGACAGAGAAUCUCAGCUGGCGAUCAUUCGUGGUCAACUACAGAUCGAGGCCUAUGAGAGAGCACAGGUGGAAGAACGAGCUGAAGAGUUUGAGAGACUGAGUAAGGACUUAACUUCCCAGCUAGCAUCGACACAGGCAGAGAAACAGCGUGCUGAAAAGAGCGUAGCUGACGUCAGAGGUCAGCUGCAGAGGGAGCUUCAAGAAAGGCAGACGCUUGAGGCGCUCUUAGAAGAGUCGAGGGAAGUGGCCAAAACGUUUGAAACGGAAUUGACAGCAGUGAGGUUGUCUUCGACUGAGGAGAGAUCCCUGUGUAGGCAGAGCCUUGCAGAGGCCAACAGUCAGAUGCAGCUCGAGAUUCAGAAGAGGAUUCAGAUGAAGAGGCAAGUGGAGGAGCUAGAACGAAGAGUAGAAGAAACAGAGAUGGAGUUGGCGACCACAAAGAUGUCACUAGAAUCGGAGAAGGGACGCGUGGCUGAUCAGGAAGCUGAGAUCAAGGCUGCACGCGUUAAGAAUACACAUCUGGAGAAAAGACGGGCGGAGGCGGAAGGAAUAGCGAACGACUUGGAGUUACAGCUGUCGUCCGUAAUGUCGGUGUUGGUUGGUGAGAGGAAGAAAGUGGAGGAUAGUGAAGCCGAGGCAGGAUUACGCCUUGAUUCUGAGAUUGGUGAGAAGAAUCGGCUUGAGACAGAGCUGUGGGAGCUGGAAAGAAGAGCGAGAGAUUUGGAGGCAUCGCUGGCCUCCACUAGGUCAGAUCUGGCCGCAGAAAGGAUGGCAGCUGCUGACACUGGAUCCACACUUAGUGCCGCUAUUCAAGCGAAGGCCCGUCUGGAGGCAAGGUUGGAGGCAUUUUCACGAAUGGCAAAGGAUUUCGAUGUGGAAUUGAGUUCCACCAGACUGGCAUUGCAGGCGGAGAAGGAGCAUGCGGCCGAGAUCGCAGAGAAACUGCAGCUUGAGGCUCAGCAGAGGAUCUUGGCGGAGGCGCGGGUCGAAGAACUGGAAGCAGUGACGAAGCAGUGGCAGGAACAAUCAGCGUCGGACUCCCCCAAAUCAUCGGUGGUGGUGGCACAAGCUGACGCAGUGGUGUGUGGAUCUCGGGGGGUAGGUCUUGAAGUCGAAAGGCAUACUCUGCCGGAGACAAAUUUAGAAACGUUCAGAGAGGCGGCGGCGAACUCGCAGGUAGUAGAUUCCGCCCUCCCCAUCUCAGCAGCUGCCUUGGCAGAUGAGAUGAAAUGGGAUGCACAACCAGACAAGAGGGUCGAAGAAGAGUUUGAGCAAAUGGUAGAGAGCUUGCGAAGAAGAUGGGCAGUCGUCAUCAUGGAACUGCCGCUGGAAGCAGUAAAGAAGAUGGUCCUUGAUGGGUUAAGGGUAAUUGAGGGAGGAGCUCGACUAGAGCUGAAGACUAGCCGCCGCAGGCUUGAACUCAAGACAAAAGUGGAAGAGCUAGAAAGGAUGAAGAGGGGAUUGGAGACAGAAUUGUCAUCGGUUGAAUUGGAACUGGCUGCAGAAAAGGACAACGAGGCCGAGAGUGAAGGUCAGACAGCAGUCGAGGCUGAGGAACGGGAGGGUCCAAAGACUCCCGCUGAGGACUCGGAAGUAUUAUUGAGCCAGACGGAGGAGAUGGUGGAGAUGGUGGAGACGGUGUCGUUUACUAGGAGGUUGAGACGAGAAGCAGAAAGAAAAGCUACAGACAGUGAUGGGGGAUUAGCAAAUAGGUCACAGCCAGUACAAGCAGAGCAGCUUGAGAGCGAAAGGGCAAUUCAAGCAAGCACAGAGGUGUUGGUAAGGAUGGACAGGAAUGUAGGGAUAGCCACAGCAUCUUCUGGCUCGCUAUUAUUUCCAACUGAGAGCGAGAGUGUUACAGAUGCCGCCAGCGAUCCACUGAUCGAAAAGCGCAAAGAGGAAGAAGAGGUUCAACAAGGCGCAGGAAUCCUAGAAGUGCCAUCAAUAACAGCAGGACAGAUAAGCACACUGAGGUCAGGCAUCAGGUUGGUCGGGGCGGGAUUACAAGGGAAGCUCGUCGAAGUUCGUGGGACUGGAUUGAAGGACACAGCGGAGGCGGGGGGUGAACACGUGCCUGCACCCCUGCCGGCACAGAUCGUCCUCCACAGAUUGCAAUCGGCAGAAGACACCAAUCUAACAGCAGAGGUCGCUGCAAAACUUGGGCUCGAGAUUGUUGGAGACGAUGCCCACAUGACAAGAGUGGAAGAGCCUGAAAGAUUGGCAGGCGAUCAGCCAGAAGAGUGGGUACGUGCAGGGUCAGCUGAUGACAAGGUCAAUAUGGAUCAUGGGCUGACCGAUCUGGAAUCUCAGGCGGAAGUGAAGAGUCUGACAUGCACGAGAACCUGCCUGGUAAAGAGAGCGGAGGAUAUCGGAAGAAAGAUCCGGUCGCUUGACGCGGAAUUGACAUUCACAAGAUUGGAAGUCUUACUGGCAUUUGUUGAAGGUGUGGUUGCUGCAGACAAUGGCCAGGUUGAGAUGGGAGGUGGGCUCGACAUGGACUCGGCGGCGGCAGAGAGGGGACUUCCAACUGGAAUCGUCGUGCAUGAAUCAAGACAUGAUGAACAUCUGGACGUGGAGCUGGCGGCGUCUAGCACGUCGGCAUUGACAGAGGAGACAGAAUGUGCCACGGAAACUGCAUCCAAGCUGAGGCUUCAAAUCCAGCGGGAUACUACUCACCUAAAGAAAAGAUUGGGAGAGUUCUCUGAGGGAGGAGCGAAGGUGUGUGCAGACAAUGGGCUGGUUGAGACAUCAGGAGUUCAUCAACUUGAUCUGGUGAGCGACAGGAGCCGGAUAGACAACAUGCAGACAGAGCUGGGGGAGGAAUCGACGCCGGUCCGUUCGUCAUUUGUAGAGCAGAAAGAGAUGGCCAUGGAGAAUCAUGGCCACCGGCAAAGUUAUCAGAUGGCACAACAGAGCGAGCGGGAUGCACAACGAGUAGUACGAGGAGAAUCUGAUGUGGAGAUGGAAAAAAAGAUGAAGGAGAAAGUCGAAGACGAUGGGUUGGUCGUUAUGACAGGAGCUCUCGUCAACGAUGAGGCUGGUGGGAAAAAUGGGAAAAAGAUGAAAGAGAAGAAGAGAGUAGAGGAGCUUGAGAGACGAAACGAUGAGUUGCAGCGGGAACUCGUUGUCGCCAGAUCAGCACUCGAGGCAGAGAAGGAGGUGGUUGCAGCUGAGAUCACGGCUAAGUUGGCUGCAUCGCAGAUGCCGCCACAAAAGGAUCAAAUGGAAAGCAGCAGAGCAGACGUCGAUCCUGAAAGUGUUUGCUCCGAAAGCUCUGCGGAACAGUCGGAAAUGGACACGAUGACUCGGCGGCCGACGUCUUCGACAGGAUCUAAGGAAACCACAGCUGGUAGGGAGCUACCGGUAGUCGAGGCACGAGCGAGGAUUUAUCUUGAGAAACGAGUAGAGGAAUUGGAAGGAAUAGCAAACGGCUUGGAGUCGAAAUUGAGGAUCACAAGAUUGGCAUUAACGGCGGAGAAGGAGCUUGCGGGUGAGAUAGGAGGCAAGCUAAUCAGAGAGAUAGAACAGAAAUGGGAACUUGAAACGAGAGUCGAAGAGCUUCAAAGAGCGACCGAAAGGCUGGAAAAGGAACUGACAUCGACGAGGUUGUCAUUGGUGACAGAGAAGGAACACGCAGCAGAGAUCGGACGCGAGCGGAGACAUGAGGUCGAAAGGAACGAUGAGCUAGAAGAAAGAGUCAAAGAGUCCAAAGCAGCCGCAGAGGUUUUGGAAAAGCAAUUGUCAGCCAUGAGUUCGGCAUGGGAAGAAGAUAAGAAAGCUGCAGCCAGCAGGUUCACAAGGGCGGAAGGUCAGCUGGCUAUGGAAGUACUGAGGAGGGGCCAACUAGACAACAGAGUCAAAGUGUAUGAAAGAUUGACUAGGGACUUGGAGACUGAAUUGACAUCUGCCAGGCUGAUGUUGAUAGAAGAGAAGGAAUCGACGGCUGAGAUGAGACGGAAACUGAGCACGGAGGUUGAAAGGAGAACUGAGCUGGAGAGAAGACUGGUCGACGUGGAACAGACUGCGAAGGACCUAGAAACGGACUUUGCAUCUGCAAGGCAACAACUCAAAGCGAAUAGAAAGGCUGCCGACAACAUGUUCGCUGAGAUUAGUGGGCGACUGAAUAUGGAGACCGAUAGGACGACCGAGCUGGAGGCCCGGUUGGAGGUGUACGACAGAACGAUGCAAGAGGUGGAGGUAACAUUAGCAAGAACAAGGAUGGCGUUGCAGCAAGCGGAGGAGGAGAACUCGACGUUAGAGGAAGGAAAGGUGGCGUUACGCCACCACUCGAUGGAGGAAUGGGAAUCGAACGAGAGCAGUGCCGAUCGCCAGAGCGUGCAUGCGCUAGACAAGGCUGUUAUGAAAAAGGCGAUCAAGGCAACAAUUGGCGAUCUAGAAUCCGCCUUGGUGUCCGUGAGACUGAAAUUGGAGGGCGACAAGCAGAGUGGGCAUGAGAAACGGAAGUCGAGGGUCUCAAUGCUCAGACGACGUGUUCAAGAGAGAAUUCAAUGGGAGAUUUCAUCCGGGAAGGGGAUAACAGGCGACAAUCUGACGACACUGCGUGCGGUAUCAGGACAUCUGAGUGGUGGCAAUCGUGUCCUUCCCGAUUUCCCCGCGCAGCUCAUUCGCGCAGCAACCGACAACUUUGACCCAUCCAACAAAAUUGGCGAAGGUCGUUUCAGUGCACUGUACACAGCUGAGCUUGGGGGGGAGUUUGUAGUGGUGAAGAAACUAGUCAUAGGAAAUGCCGAUCGAGGGAGGUUCCGUGCACAAUGUGAGAGUUUGAGUGAACUCUAUCAUCCUUGUCUGAUGGAGCUUAUAGGGAUAUGCUCAGAAGAGUGUUGCCUGCUGACAGAAUACGCCGCUGCCGGUAGCCUAGCAGAUAGGCUAUCGUGCAAGGGAGGAUCGGUGCCCAUCAACUGGGAAACGCGACUCCGCAUAGCAGCGGAUGUUGCGAACGCGUUGUCGUUCUUGCACUCCCAAGAGCCCAAUCCCAUCAUCCACAACAGGGUGAGGCCUGCAAACAUCCUGCUGGGUGCAGGGUAUUCUUGUAAGAUCACAGCCGUAGGAAUCGAGAAGAUUGCGUCAGAGUGCGCAAGAGAGUUUUCCCCGGAGGAGGGGGCACGUAGACGAAGGCUGAACGGGUUUCGGGCACACAGUACGCUAGAGUACAUGGACCCCGCGUUGCUGCAAGCGGGGUGCCCCAGAACCCCGACGUGUGACAUUUACUCCUUUGGCCUGGUGCUGCUGGAGCUUCUGACAGGGAAAAGACCCACCGAGUCCGUCAGUACCGUUGAGAGCGCUCUGGAAGAAGACGAUAACAAGCUCCAGAAUGUUCUAGACAAAUCGGCGGGUGAUUGGAACCUGGCCUUGGCAUACCAGGUUGCCCAGCUGGCAAUGAAUUGCAUAAAGGGGUCAGAUUACAGACCCGAUUUUCCAACGGUGAUUUAUCCGUUUAUGGCUAAGGUGUCAAGAGUCUCAAGCCAACCUGGCAUGGCAUCGCAUUGAAAGAAGAAAAAUGUUUAUGUUAAAAUAUAGUCAAGGAAUGUGCUCCCCCAACCCCAUUUAUAGCUAUCAACAAACACAGCAGCCUCCUGUUCCAGCAUUCCCCCCUAGCCCUCCUGCCCUCAAGGUACCCCCUUGGUCCAUAGACUUUCGUUCGAGGCUGAGGCAGCAAGCUGUACACAGUACUACACACUCCUCUGCCUUGCCCUUUAUCCUCUUUUCUGUGUCCCCCCAUCAUCCCCUAAGCUUCCCUUACCUCUCUCCUGCCCUCUUUUAUCAUCCCUAGGCUUAAUACCUGCGUUGAAGCCAGGUUGCAAGCUGUUUGUGCACGGUCUCGUUUGUAACGGAAGUGUGCACGACCCAAGCCAACUGUGACACCCCCCAUCUGCUACAUGCUCGUAUGCACUGUUGCAUCUUGCUUGAGUAGCAAUCUUUUUUUUUUUUUUGGAUGGUCCAAUGGACCGCGAAUCAGGUAUAUUAAAGUGAUCAGAACAAUAGAUACUCCACUUGAUCUAUUUUUUUUUAGCCAAAAGGCCGAGAAAGGUCGAGCGUGCUUGAGUAGCAAUCAAGUGCUCACAGUAUU